AUGAUCGUCCUCCUCUCCCUCCUGGCCAUCAUCGGCAUGGGAGCAGGGCAGGCGAACUUCUCGCGGCUGCUCGUCUCCUCCUUCACCCCCCACAAGCUCCUGCUGCAGAUGCCCAUCAUGCUACAGAUUCUCAUGUACCUCCAGGUCGUCCCCACAGUCUGCAGCAUGCUCAACGGCAAGCCCGACCGCAUCAGGAUUGCGGUCCUCGUCGGCUCCCUCCUCCCCCUUCUCGUCUGCCUCCUAUGGAGCGCCGUCGGCAUCGCGCUCGUGCCCUCCAACGGCGGCGCUCUCUCCAUGGACCCCGUUGACUUUCUUCUCUCGCAGUGCGACGGCUCCUCGAUCCUCCCCACAGCCACCGGCCUCAUCGCCUUCGCGGCUAUCGGGACGACCCUCAUCGGCAUCUACCUCAUCAUCGCCCAGUACCUCCACGAGAUCCUCGUGCAACGAGAUGUGUCGAGGAUGAUCUUGAGAUCGGAGUCAGCCGGUGACGUCAGCCUGACUCGCCCGCACCAUCUUCUCUCCCCCUCCGACCGCGUCGCUGCUGCUCUGCUUGCGUCCGUUCCUCCUCUCCUCUUCGCGCUCGGAGGCGAGUCAGUCUACAUCAUUGCCCUCGCCUUCGCAGGAGCGUAUCCUCUGAACAAGGCAGAGGACAAGCGAGACCUGUACAGCAGCAGCAUGCGGCUGUUUCCUGGAGGAGGAGGCUCCUUCCUGCAGCUCUCGGGCUUCGCUCUGCUCCUCAUGCUAGUCGCCCUCACGAAGGACCUGCGGGAGCUGCUCCUCCUCCUGCCGCAGCUGACGCGGGGGGCUGCGAAGCUGGUGGGGAUGGCAGGGGGAGGAGUGGGUGCAUGCGGGAUAGUCACGAUCUGUUGCCUUGCGUUCCGAUGCCGCAACUUGACAAGAAUAUGA